CACUUUAUCCAUAUGCAAUGAAACAAAUGUUCAUUCGGACUUUAAUACGAAAAUCGGAUAAGAAACAAACGGAUCUACACUGAAAACCUACUUUAACCUGACGAGAUGUACAGUGUGCACCGUACAUAGGGACGUAGCAGUCUAUCACUUCUCCGAACAAUAAGUUUCACGAAAAGAAGGGGAAGAAAGAGUGAGAGGUGAUUGUCGAACAUCUGUCACCAGGCGAAUGCUAGCUCCGUUCAGUUCCAAAAACCGCGAUACUGUCAUGGCACCCGUUCUUCUGAUUUUUUGAGGAGUACACAUACACUGUACACGCGAAUUCGCAUCGUGUUGCAUAUACGGUGAUUUUUGUAUAAAACGAACCUUCACUCGUAGAUUCGGUGAGUGUGAUAUCGUCAAACCGGCGUGAAUUCUUGUUUACUUGUUACGCGUAUGUGUUAAGUAUGGUGUUCUAGGGCAAGCCCUUCAAUUCGGCAAAAACGUUUAUUGAAACAGCGUUAACGUCGAACUGUACGAAUAUUGAAAUUAUAUGAAAUCACGGAAGUGAGCCUUUUCUCCAAAUCUAUAGUGUUUUAGGAAAGUGAAAUUGCUGUAUGGUUAAGUUGAAGACUUAAGUGAUAAAAAAGUUCUUCCUGAUAAAUACAUAAUAAAUCAUGAGCUCUGGUAGACCAAUAAAAUGUGUGGUAGUAGGAGAUGGAACAGUAGGAAAAACUUGCAUGUUAAUAUCAUAUACAACAGAUAGUUUUCCUGGAGAAUAUGUACCUACUGUAUUUGACAACUAUUCUGCACCCAUGGUUGUUGAUGGAAUUCCAGUCAGUCUAGGAUUAUGGGACACAGCGGGUCAAGAAGAUUAUGACAGACUUCGUCCUCUCUCUUAUCCUCAGACAGAUGUAUUUCUCAUUUGUUUCUCAGUAACAAGUCCUUCAUCAUUCGAAAAUGUAACCAGUAAAUGGUAUCCUGAAAUAAAACAUCACUGCCCAGAUGCACCAAUGAUACUAGUUGGAACUAAAAUAGACUUACGAGAUGAUCGUGAAACGCUUACUGCCUUAGCUGAGCAAGGUCUUAGUGCUAUUAAGCGUGAACAAGGACAAAAACUGGCAAAUAAAAUUCGUGCAGUUAAGUACAUGGAGUGCUCUGCUCUCACGCAACGUGGAUUGAAGCAGGUAUUCGAUGAAGCAGUACGUGCUGUUCUGAGACCUGAGCCGCAGAAACGCCGACAAAGAAGAUGCAUUAUGUUAUAAACGAUGGGAAGAAUUGAAAGGAAUCAGCAUAGGUAAACACAGUAUAUAAAGCAAGAGAUCAAAAUGGACUUGAUCAUUGAAUGCGAGGAAGAAAUAUGGAUGUUUUAAAGAGAAAAUAAUAGCGCGUGCAUUUUAACGAAUUAUUCUGGCAGCUAUAGAAUAUACCGCAUUACAGAAAGAGUACAAUUUAUAACUUCUUGGUCUCUCAGUGCGAGUCGUGAUGCUGAAUCGCGACUAGAAAGUUUAGACAACGAGAAAGUAAGAAAAUAGAAUAACUGUUUAACAGCAUUUGCAGGAGGAAGUUUAUUGCAAACUUGCAGAUGUUUUACCUUAAACUUGUAUUUAUCACAUUGCAUGUUGAUGAAAAGAAACGUGACCACGGUAACGUUCAGUCAAUACUGUAAUAGAAAAUGAUUUAUGACACUUUUUUUUAUAUUUCACGAGACUUUGUUAAUUAAUAUUGCAGUCCUGCAAAUUGAUGAUAAUACAGUGUAAAUGUGCUGUGAUGAUUAAAAGCAUUAAGUAUCCAAAGCUUUACUUAUCAGGGCUGCCAGAUUUUCGACUUUUUACAUUUAUGGUAUAGUAAGAACAUUGAUUUUAGUACAUACAACGCGAUAGCUAUUAUUAACAAUCAUACUGAGAGGUUUUACGUCAUGUAAAACAACAUUAUAGAACUAUUUAAACAUACAGUGCCAUAGCAACGAAAAAUCAAAUAAAUGUCGCAAGCACAUUUAAUCAAUCAGUUCUAGACAAUAUAUGUGUACAUUUUAAUAAAAAUUAUUCUUGGGAAUUAUAUAUGUAUGGAAAUUUAAAAAAGAAAUGUUUUAUAAAUAUGGAAAAUUGAAAUUCAUAAUGUUUUACACAGAAGUAGUAUGCCUUUUAUCUUU